AUGCAGAUUCUGGGUGGAAUCCCAUGGCAAGCCUAUUUCCAAAGGGUCCUCUCCUCAUCCUCAGCUACCUAUGCUCAGGUUCUGUCCUUUCUGGCCGCUUUUGGGUGCCUGGUGAUAGCUGUGCCUUCUGUACUCAUUAGGGCUAUUGGAGCAUCAACAGACUGGAACCAGACUGGAUAUGGGUUUCCAGACCCCAAGGACAAUGAAGAAGCAGACAUGAUCCUCCCAGUUGUUCUACAGCACCUCUGUCCUGUGUACAUUUCCUUCUUUGGUCUUGGUGCAGUUUCUGCAGCUGUCAUGUCCUCAGCUGACUCUUCCAUCCUGUCAGCAAGUUCAAUAUUUGCUCGGAACAUCUACCAGCUUUCCUUCAGACAAAAUGCAUCAGACAAAGAAAUUCUCUGGGUCAUGAGAGUUACAGUGUUUGUGUUUGGAGCUUCUGCCACAGCCAUGGCCUUGCUGACGAAGACCGUGUAUGGGCUUUGGUACCGCAGCUCUGACCUCGUCUACAUCAUCAUUUUCCCACAGCUGCUCUGUGUCCUCUUCAUCAAGGGGACCAACACGUAUGGGGCUGUGGCAGGCUACAUUUCUGGGCUUUUCCUGAGGAUAACUGGCAGAGAGCCAUACCUGUACCUGCAGCCCUUGAUCUUCUACCCAGGUUAUUACUCUGAUAAGAGUGGUAUAUAUAAUCAGAGAUUUCCAUUUAAAACAUUCUCCAUGGUUACCUCAUUCCUAACCAACAUUUGUGUCUCUUACCAGUAUCUAUUUAAAAGUGGAACCUUGCCACCAAAAUUAGAUACAUUUGAUGCUGUUGUCGCAAGGCACAGUGAAGAAAACAUGGAUAACACAAUUCUUGUCAGAAAUGAAAAUAUUAAGUUAGAUGAACUUGCACCUGUGAAGCCACGACAGAGCAUAGCUCUCAGCUCAACUUUCACCAAUAAAGAGGCCCUCCUUGACGUCGAUUCCAGUCCAGAAGGGUCUGGGACUGAGGAUAAUUUACAGUGA